GACACCACAGCGCGCAUGCGUGUUGGGAGGGGGUCCUAGGAUUUAAAAGCGGGGAAUCCUGAACUUGGAAGAGAACACGCCGAGAACUUUACAUAGCAGGACGCUGGAUUUGACGGGAAACUAAAGAAACAUGAAGCUCUACAUCGCCAUUACCCUAGUCUGUCUCUUGGUAUUCGAGAUCUUCGCCAGCGCCGCCGCGGCCGAAACGGCAGACCAAGACAUGGACAAACGGGCGCCAGGCUGGGGGAAGAGAGGCUGGGGAAAGCGCGACGAUGACUCAGAAGGCGCCUUAGAUGAUUACCUCAAGCGCGGUUGGGGCAAGCGAGGCUGGGGCAAGCGCGGCUGGGGCAAACGAGGUUGGGGCAAGAGAGACAUCGACGGCGCACCAUGUGAAGACUUAAACCAGGGCGUGAUUUACUAUAUUUACAAAGCAGUUGAGGCCGAGGCCCAAAGAAUUAACGCAUGCGCCAGCACAGAUAACUAAGCAACUGAGAGAAGUGAUAGAGUUACGAUAUUUAAAAAGGUAGAUAUGAGUGAUCGCACAAUCCCCCACCACGAAAAUGUAAAUAGGCUGAUCCGAAUCUUCAAGAAGGUCAAGAAACCCAGAAGGAUAGACAAGAAACCGUAAAAUCUGUUACGGAAUCUGACCCCAUGUAGCUCAUCAAGAACUCGAAAGUACGCCAAUCGUCGUCCAAAAAUAUUCAUAUUGUAAAUAUCCUCGAACUUUUAACCAACAAAGUGCGAAUGUUCAUUUACCUAGAGUUGUCAACCUAUCCUGUGUGAAGAUUUAUUUACCCCGGACUUGAACCAAUCCUGUACCUAUAUUUAUUUACUCUGAACUUAACAGUCGUCUGCCUUAAUGUUUUGACAUUGAAUUGAUUGGAUGAAGAAAAGUAUUAAAUCUGCAUGAAGAAUUUCUUUCCCGAACGCUUGAUGUAUUUGUUUGUCUGUUUGAUAACAUUUCGCGCUUUUUCAAACAAGAUGGGCCGCAUUGUUUAAUGUUUAAGAGAGGUGUCUUCAGGCUUUUGGGCAGCUGAGGUUGGUGGGAACACAAAUUGCUGCUACCUGACUGCAAGGGAAACAUUCUGGAACGAAAUUCUUCAUGAAACGCACGAUUUUUCAGUUCAUACUGGGCACAAUAUCAUUCAACAAUUCGUGAUUUACAUACUUCAUGUCAAGGCUAUAUUAGGACAAACGAUUAUCUUUAUUCGGUAAAAUCCGAGGCUGUUUUACUUGUCACGUGACACGCGCAUCCCAUCCAUUUCUGUUAUCUUUGAAAUAUGACAUUGUGGUCAUCCAAAUAAAAUUUUUAUUUUGUCUUCAAAA